AUGUUUUGGAAACAAAGUAUUGAGUUACUGACAAGAAAUAUUAAACUCCGAAAAUAUAACCUUUAUAAUAAUGAUAGAAAAUUACAUCUACCAGUGAGGAAUUUAAAAAUGAAGAAUAAUAUUGUCUGGAUUGAUAUGGAGAUGACGGGAUUAGAUGUUCAAAAUGAUAAAAUAUUAGAAAUAGCCUGUUUAGUUACUACUGAGGACUUGAAAAUAAUAAGCCCUGAUUUUGAAAUGGUAAUACAUCAACCUGAUGAUAUAUUGAGUAAAAUGGAUGAUUGGUGCACUAGAACUCAUAAUUUGUCAGGAUUAACUGAUAAAGUGAAAAAUAGUAAAUACACAGUAAAAGAUGCUGAAGAGAAAUUGUUAGAGUUCUUGAAAACUUAUACAAUUGAAAAAACAACACCAUUAGCGGGUAACACUGUUUGGAUGGACCGAAUUUUUUUAAAGAAAUAUUUACCAAUUGUUGAUGAAUAUUUACAUUAUCGGAUAAUUGAUGUUUCGACUAUUAAAGAAUUAGCAAAGCGUUGGAAUUCAGAAAUAUUUGAAGAAGCACCCAGUAAAAAAUUCCAUCAUCGGGGCUUAAUUGAUAUUAAAGAAAGUAUAGCUGAAUUAGAAUAUUAUAAAAAAUCAUUUUUUAAAGUAUAG